AUGAGCAGCAAGAAGCGGAUUGAGAUCGUCAUAACAGGGACGCCAGGAGUAGGCAAAUCUACGCUCGUUGGCGCUCUCGUGGGUAAACCUGCCGCGAAGACUGGCCACCAAAUGCUUCGUGCCGAGUCGAUGGCUCGGUCGACGGAGCACGAGAUGGAGGGCGUAGAGGUUGUGGUGUGGGACUCGCCUGGCCUUCAGAACGGCUCGGAAAACGAAGAAUGUCUCGCCGACCUGAAGGGAAAGUGCAGCAAUGUCAGCACCGUCGUCUAUUGCAUCGACAUCUCAGCUACUCGCUCCAGUGGAUUAACAGCUGCAGAAAUCGCACAAAACGACCAAUCCACAAUACAAAAGCUGACUACGACUUUUGGCUCUAACUGGUGGAAACGCUCCAUAUUCGUCAUGACACGUGCAAACGUACUGGAAACAGCACUAAAAGUUAAACCCAAUGUCGAGAAGAGGUUCAACGAUAGACUGCAAGAUUGGAAAGAGCGAAUUCAUGCCACAUUGAUCGAAACCGGUGUGCCAGAAGAAGUAGCUUACAAAAUGCCAGUAGAGCCAGCUGGACAUAGAACAAAGCCACGCCUCCCUGGUCGAGAGAAUUGGCUCAGUGCACUCUGGCAUGUUAUCCUGACAUCUGCAACACUCCCGUCGACAGCAGACCAUCUACAACACAAUUUAAGCCAGGGAGGAAGAUCUGGAACUGCAGCUACUGUUAAUUUACAAGGCGGUCAAGUUAAAAACUCUUCACUGAGAAGUAUUUCAGAGGAAUUAAUGGACAGAAGCACUUGUUGUAAUGUAAUGUAG